UCCGGACUGAGACAACAAAUCUGAGUAAAUCUAGAAUUUACGACAGAAUCAACCCGAAGAAAAUGUAUUACUGAAGUGUUGUGGGAGACCUGGUUAGGAGAUUUACAUCAUCAUGUUCUCCACAAGUACUCAGAGAAAGUACUGGACCUUCAGUGGAGAGACGGAGCUGGCCACUACCAGGGGUGAAGCUAACACCAGAUAUAUACAAACCCAUGGUGCUCAUAUGAUGGAAGAACAGAAGAUCAAACAUUUUCUGACCCCUGAAGAAGAGAGAUUAAUCUGUCGGCAGACAGAACAUGUCCUCAGGGAGUUUUGUAACAUCUUUCAGCCUCCCAUGCCGAAAUGUGUCCUGGGGACAGCACUCUGUUACUUCAAGCGAUUCUACGCCUCAACCUCAGUGAUGGAUUACUAUCCUAAGGAUAUUAUGCUGACCUGUGUAUACCUGGCGUGUAAGGUGGAGGAAUUCAAUGUGUCCAUCGGCCAAUUUGUGGGGAACCUGAAGGGAGACCGGGAGAAAUUCUCCAAUAUCAUCCUCACUUUUGAACUACUGUUGAUGGGAAAGCUUCAUUAUCACCUCACUGUUCACAACCCAUUCAGACCCCUAGAGGGUCUCCUUAUAGACAUCAAGAGUCGAUGUAAGAUGAUUGAGGAUCCAGAGAAACUAAGGGCCUAUGCUGAAGCCUUCGUGGACAAAUCAGUUGCUAACACAGACGCAUGCCUCAUUUUCUCCCCAUCACAGAUUGCUCUGGCUGCUGUUUUAACCAGUGCUGCACAAAUCGGCAAGGAUCUAGGCAGCUACGUGACAGAGAUAUUACUACACGGGGCCAAAUCAGAUGAACUGGAGAAAACUAAUUACCAGAUAAAACGUAUAACGUAUAUGGUGAAAUCUCAGAAACCAUUGGAGAAGGAACUGGUUGGACGUGUACAGAAAAAACUAAUGAAAUGUCGUAACCAGGAUAACAACCCUGACAGUGAACAGUACAAGAGGAAGCUGAAGGAGAUGCUGGAUGAGGACGAAGAACAACAGACUAUAAAACGUACAAGGAUCAGUGAGGAAGAGAAACGUCGGGACAAGGAACUCCUGGGAGUACCCUGAGAUGUGUCUGCAUCAAAUGGAUAACAAUUUAUCUGAAAUCAUGAAACGGCUGGCGAUCACUUUUAUUGAAACGGCUGUCAGCCCUCAUUAUGCUGUUUCAAGGGACAGUGAACAUCAGAAUGUGCAAUUGAAAAACUGUUCAAAGUGACGGUCAUUGGUCGGACCUUGUUUAAAGGAUGGAAAUUAAUCACAUGUCUGUUUAUGGUACAGCUUUUUACUCAACUUUUGUCAAAACACUGCAGGGAACUCUCCCAAGCUGCACAUUAGAUCAUGUGAACUCUGUAAGGAUGUAAACAGUAAACUUUAAUGUUAGUAUGUGGUGAUGGAGUCACUGGUUAACUCCGUAAGGAUGUUAACAGCAAACUUUAAUGUUAGUAUGUG